AUGAUAGAACUAGUUCCGCUACCGUUGCCAGCGUCGGCCGAUCCAAUCAUCCUCAAAGACUUCGGAAGGGAAGUCAAGGGAGUCUACUUGGGGGCGCUUUCCCCAGAAGAGUUCAAGCAGGUUGAGGGGGCCCUGUACAAGUAUGGUGUUUUGCCUUUCCGCGAUGUCGAACUAACGCUGGAGGAACAAUACUCCCUCACCAAGGCAUUCGACCCCGAAGCUGAAACCUACGGCCACGGAAACAACAAAGUUGAUGAUUCCAAACAAUCCAUCCUCCGUUCCGUCAUCAAAUCGUUCCCUAGAGUGCCUCAGGUUCAGCUAGUAGGCAAUGGAUCAAUUUACGGCCACGAAGGCAUCCCUGAAGUUGCGCCUAAACAUCCCAACCAUUCGACGUUUCACGCUACACACAUAUCGCAAGAGGAUAGCGAUAAAGGAUUCACUCGCUUCUAUCGCUGGCACAUGGACGCGGCGCUCUACGAAUACGCCCCGCCGAAGGUUACCACUUUGUACGGAGUUAGGGUACCCAAAGGAGAGCAUCAGGUUGUACGGUAUGAUGAUGGCACGGGCGAUGAACUAUCCGCCCCACUCGCGACCACUGCAUUCGUUUCGGGAAAGACUAUGUUUGACAUCUUGUCCCCGGAACUGAAGAGUCUUGCUGUGCGAUCUAGAGCGAUUUACGCUCCGCAUCCAUUCGUUUGGAUGUCGCGCGCUCGAGCAUCACCGACGGGUCUUGGUAUAGAAUCUGAGGGCCUUGAGCUACCUCUCAGCGAACUCCCUCCCUGGGAGGAAUCUAAACAAAAAGUUUACCCGAUGUUGUGGAAGAAUCCUGGCACCAGCGAGCUUCACUUACAAGUGCAUCCGUGCGCUAUCGCUGAAUUACUCGUAGACCCUUUGCCGGAAGGCAGCAAGCAUGAAGGUGCCUUGUAUGCAGACGGAGCACACCUGAAAGAUCUCAAAGAAAUCCGUGAUUUGCUACAUAAGAUGCAGCGUCCAGGCAUUGCACCAGAGUUGAUAUACCCCCAUGAUUGGAAAGACAAGGAUUUGAUGCUAUUUCACAACCGAGGUGUCAUACACACCGCCGUCGGUACACUCAACGCAGAUCAAGUCCGCGUGUUCCAUCAAUGUAAUCUCGCUGCGUCUGACGACCCUGCUGGCCCUACUACGGAGGACGUUGAACGGUGGACAUGA